AUGGCUCGCGGAAACUCUCCUCAGACUCAAGUCUUCUACAAGGGAAGCAGCGGCGAUCAGUUCACUGUCUUCGUCGAGAGCGAGGAGCAGCUUAAGAAGUGGAAGGCCGACAGCAGUAUCCCCAUGACCGAAGUUGUGGCUGGCUGGAAGAUUAUGGUUCCUGAACACGGCAAGCAAGGCAUCCUCAACACCGCUAGCAAGGGCCAGCUUGAGAACGAGUUUGGCACCAGCAACGAGGAUGAGGUCAUGAAGAAGAUCCUCACCGACGGCAGUGUCCAAUCUUCCGAGAACGCGGAACGCAUCGGCAUCACCAACGAGACUCAGGGCCCACGUAUCGCCCACUAG